AUGCCAGUAUCAACAACAGCAUUUACUACUAGUACAAAUGAAUUUGCUAAAGCGGAACAACAAAUAAUUCAAGAACAACAGUUACAAUCAAAAAUUAUAAAUGAAGAAUAUAAAAUUUGGAAAAAAACAGUUCCUUUAUUGUAUGACCUCAUUCAUACAUUUGCGUUUGAUUCAUCAUCAUUAAUAUUUGAAUGGGUUAAAGAUUACAAAAAGAUUAAUUCCGAUUAUAUCCAAUGUCAAUAUUUAAUAGGAACGAAUACAAGUAUAAAAACAGACAACUACCUCAAACUAGGCUCGAUUAAUCUUCCAAAAUCAUUAAUAUCUCAAACUUCAGACAUACCUAUCCCUUCUUCAGUAGAUACAUCAGAUUUUCAAAUAUUAAAACAAUGGAAAACACAAUCUGAAAUUAAUGCACUUAAAAUAAAUGGAGAUGUUGCAAUUAGUUUCAAUUCAAAUGGAUUAAUUCAAAGUUAUAAUCUCAUUAAUAAUGAUAUAGUAGAUUAUAAAUAUCAUAAACAAGAAGGAUAUGCAUUAAAUUGGUUUAAUUCAAGUUCAUUCUUAUCCGGCUCAUUAGACUCCCAAAUUGCAUAUUGGGAUAUUUCAAAACCAUCUACACCAAUACAAUUAUUUAAAUCUCAUUCGGGUGCAGUUAACGAUAUUUCAUCGUUAGAAUUUAGGAAGUUAAUUGGGUCCGUUUCAGAUGAUUCAACUACUCAAUUUCAUGAUUUACGUACUUCUGAAAAUCCAAUAAUUUCAAUUGAGAAUAAACAUAUUCAAAAUUGUAUUUCAUUCCAUCCUUCAGUUGAUACAUUAUAUGUAACUGGUGGAAAAGAUAACAUUGUAAAUUUAUAUGAUAUAAGAAAUUAUAAAAUACCAUUUAGGAAAUUUUACGGUCAUAAUGAUUCUAUAUCACAACUCAAAUGGGAUCCAAAUAGUCCAAAUUUAUUAUAUUCCUCAGGGAUUGAUAAAAGAAUAUUACAAUGGGAUUUAGAGUCUUUGGAUGAAGAAUUUACAUAUCCGGAUGAAUCAGAAUCUGGUAAAAAGAAUAAGAAGAGUGAUAAAAUUGAUCCAUGUUUGAAAUUUAUUCAUGGUGGUCAUUUAAAUAGAAUUAAUUCAUUUGAUAUACAUCCAAAAAUUAAAAAUUUGAUUGGAAGUGUUGGCGAUGAUAAAUUAAUGGAAAUUUGGAAAAUAAAAACAAUACCUGAGGAAGAAGAAGAGGAAGAAAAAGAAGAGGAAGAAAAAGAAGAAGAAAAAGAAGCAGAAGAAAAGGAAGAGGAAGAAAAAGAAGAGGAAACUAACGAAGAAAAGGAAAACAAAGAGGAGCCGAAAGAAGAUGAAGAGAUUAAAGAGGAAGAAGAAUCAAAGGAAGAACCAACAGAGCCAACAGAAUCAAAAGAAGGAGAUGGUGAUGUCGAAAUGAAAGAGUAG